AUGUUUGACAGAGACUCGUUGCUCGCCUCUGAAUGGCUCGAGAACUACACGCAUCACACAGAUUUUUUACCUGCAGCAGAACAGAAUAAAUUUUUCAAGUCGAAACUUAUAGGUACAGCUCUACAGUGGGUGCGUGUACUACCCCUACCACAGCAGUCAAGUCUUGCUGCACUCAUAGCCUCCUUCAAGCAUGAUUUCAUCACCAAGCCAGCGGCUGAACGCAAGCAAUGCGAGAAGAAACGAAGGAAACAGCUGCAGCACCUAGAAGCGCAACUCAUUGUGCCAUUCGUGCGACCCAGACCUCUGCUAUUUGCAAAACUCACAGAGGAACUCGCACCACCAUCAACACCUCCACACUCAGCAGUACUCAAUGCAUCCACCAUGCCAAUGUUGCCGGCACCUAUUCCAACAACGUCCACCACGCUAACGGAUGUUCCUAACCAGCACUCACCAGCACCAAUGCGCAGCACAGCACACACCACACUGGCACCACCACCACCAUCGCUUGCAGCCCCCUUCCCACAUCAGCAGUCACCAUCUCCAUCUAGGACGCUAUCAACGGCUCCCACCUCAUGCUACCAAUCACCAGCAUCGAGCGUACAUGCUCAGACCAUGCCAGCAAAUGCUGGCGUGGCUCGAAUGCACAUGGAGGAUACCAAGGCAAAGGGAGUAGGAGAAGAAUGGGAAGAGGAAGAUGAAGAAAGGGAUGUGUCAGUAAGUCCUCAUUUUGACAAUGCUACCACCUCCAGCAACAACGACGUUGCACGUGCCACAUCACCAGCGCCUAUUCUAGUGUUGCCACCAGUUGCCCGUUUGCCACCACCAGAUUCGAAACCUGCUGCACUCCACCAGCAAUUGGCACUACACACAACCACUCACUCACCAGCUACAACACGUCUGCAUUCAGCCACCACAUCAUCUGCGUCGACAUUGACGCAUGCCCCAUCGCCACCAUCAUCAAUGACCUCCACCCCACGUCCAACGCCACCAACACCAUGCACAAACACCCAGCACAUGCCAGCAAAUGCUGGUGCUGCUCGAACAAACACGGACGAUGCCCAAUGGCAGAAGGAGAGAGAAGGAGAGAGAACCAAUGAGAUGGAGAAGGAAGGUGGACGAAGGAAGAAUGGAGAAGGAAGAGGAGGAGAGGAAGAGGAUGAGUUGCAGGGAGAUGGAGGAAUCUGUGAGGAGGUGAGCAGCCUCAUUCCUGGCCUCGCUGUCGAACAGCCCAGCACCAUGCAACCACCCUCAAAUAUGACACCAUCUGCACAAGACGAUUGA